UCUAUGACGGUGCAGAGAGGAGGAAAGAAGCUGAGCAUCUCCAUCCAGGAACACAUGGCCAUCGACGUGUGCCCGGCCGUCAGGCCCAUCCGCCAGAUCUCCGCCUACUUCCCCCGGCUGUCGCCCACGUCCCCGACGGCCUCGCCCUCGGCGCUGGCCCUCAGCCCCCCCGGGGGCGGGGCCGUGGGCGGGGCCCACCUGCUGUCCCCCCAGAGGGCCCACAGGUGGGGCGGAGCCGGCUCCCUGUCCCAGAACAGCAGCAUCGACACGUCGGUGGACCUGAACAGCGACGACAGCGACGACUGCACUGCUCUGGGAACGCUGGAGUUCGAGCUGCGGUACGAGCCGAGCUCCAGCGAGCUGCACUGCACCGUCCUCCGGGCCAAGGGUCUGAAGUCGAUGGACUUCAACGGUUUAUCGGACCCGUACGUGAAGCUGCACCUGCUGCCCGGAGCCUGUAAGGCCAAUAAGCUGAAAACGAAGACAAUCCGAAACUCUUUGAAUCCAGUGUGGAACGAAACUCUCACGUAUGUCGGGAUCACAGAGGAAGACAUGCACCGGAAAACACUCAGGUUGACCGUCUGCGACGAGGACAAACUGACGCACAACGAGCUGAUCGGAGAAUCCCGGGUUCCUCUGAAACGUCUGAAACCAAACCAGACCAAACACUUCCGGACCUGCCUGGACCACCCGCCUCCGCUCCCCUCCCCCACCACCAUGGGUGAAGCCCUGCGAGGGAUUUCCUGCUACCUGAGGGAGUGGGAGAACGAGCAGCUCCACAGCCUGGAGGAACGAGGUCGUCUUCUUCUAUCGCUGCAGUUUCUGGCUCCGGUUGGUCCCGGUCAUCCCGACGCCGAAGGGGGCGGAGCCGACGGGGGCGGAGCUGACGGCCGCCGCGGCGGCGGUCUCUGCGUGGGCGUGAAACGCUGCGCCCACCUGGCGGCCAUGGACGUCAACGGCUUCUCAGACCCCUACGUGAAAAUAUACCUGAAGCCCGACUUACAGAAGAAAUCCAAGCACAAAACGGCGGUGAUGAAGAAAACGCUCAACCCCGAAUUCAACGAGGAGUUUUUCUACGAGAUGUCGCUGUCGGAGCUGGUCAACAAGACGCUGGAGGUGACGGUGUGGGACUACGAUCUCGGACGCUCCAACGACUUCAUCGGCGGCGUGUGUCUGAGCUGCCACUCCCAGGGGGAUUCCCUCCGCCACUGGAUGGACACCCUGAAGAACAAGGGCCGGAGGUUUGAGCGCUGGCACAUCCUGACCAACGAGCUGCCUCGGACCUUCGGCCACGACUAG